CGGGGUGGGGGACAGGCUCUGUCUGGGGAGGAGCUGCAGAAAAGGGCGAUUGGGGCCGAAGGACCGGGGGCGAUGCACCCCCCACCCCCUGUGCUGGAUCGCCUGAGAGGAGCCAGGGAAUAGCCUGGAGAUGCACAAGGAUGGAGUUUGUAGGGAGUCAGGGCUCCUGAGGAGCAGACGGCUUGAGGCAGUGACCCGGUAUCCUCCCCCCCAUUCCUCUGGGGAAGCACCCCACAGUGGUUCGGGGAGAGCUCAGCCGGUGGAGAUCCUCCUAUGGAGCCCGGGGAGCUGCCCCGGAGCGGGGCUCGACCACCGCCCGCCUCUCCGGAGGGCGAGGGAAGGAGGCUCCAGGGGGCUCACGGCACAGCGUCCACCCUGGGGAGGGAGAAGAGGGCAGAGGCGAGGAAGGGCGCUCCCGGCCCCCGGCCCUGCCCUCAGUGCGGGGGCAGAACCCUUUUCCCUUGGAGCGCCUUCUCGUCCCUGCCAGGGGAAGGCGAGGCCGCCUGCUGGAGAGCCCCACAGCCCCGCUGCUUCCCUCAGCACCUCUAGGAAAGCCGUGCCAGCGCCUUGGCUCACGGGCACAUGCUCGGUGUCCCCUUUCCAGGCGGCAGGGAACUUCCCGCUGUCGCGGUGCUCGUCGCUCCAGGCCACGGGCUUCCCAGCGCUGGGCUGGCUCCUGGAGUGCGGGCUGCCUGCCCCAGGCCGGGAAGCGGCUCAGCCCGCAGAGGGAGGACGGCAGUCCUGGCCCUGCACUGCCGGAGCAGCUGCAGUUGGAGCCGGGCACAGCCGAGCCGAGGGUCCCGCUGCUGGAAAAGGGGUCUGAGCGGGGUACAGCCCGGCCGCUGCUCCCUUCCCCGGAGCGCAUGGGGUCAGCACUGAGGAUCAGGAGCUGCGGAGGAUGUCUGGGCCGCAUUAGGAGAAGUCGGUGGCACUACCUGCCCCGGAAUGGUGUCUGGAGAGAGGUGCAAGCUUUCCCUUUGCAAUAAUUGGUGUCUGAGCUCUGCUUCAGCUUCACCAGGUGAUUUUUCUUUUUAGAGCUUCAGCUUCACCAGGUGAUUUUAUUUUUCUUUUUACAGAUAAUCCUAGAUCAUAAAAACCCAGAGCAGCUAGAGGAGGGAGAAGGGAGAACAGGGACUGGUGUUAUGUGAGAGCCAGCCAGCAUCUGAGGAGGAGAGAAGCCAGGGCCCUGCAGGGAUGCAGGAGGAGCAGGGCUGUGCAGGGUGCUGUCAGCCCUGCCAGGAAAAACUCUUGUUUGCCUGGCUGUUUGGAAAACCAUUUGGGAAACUGCACUGCCUUUUCCUUAUGAAAGCUUUAGGAUGAGCUAUGGCUGAAGGCUCCUGUAGACCUUUGCCUGGGGAAUGCUAUGUGCUGGGCUGAGCCUGGGAACAAAUUCAGGGGUCCCUGGGGCUGCAGCUGGUCAUCCCCUCAGAGGGUAUCCUUCUAGCAUCCCUGUGAAUGUGUGGGCAGGGCCCCACUGCGCCCAUGGCACACAGAGGGAGUCUGUGCCUGGAGAUGAGGCAGGGGUGAGCACAGCAGCUGCGGCUGGCUGCCCUGGGGGCUUAAAGACCAUGUCAGGAGGGCCUGAGCAGAAGGUGCUGGGCUGGGAGAUAGGUGCAAGGAGCACAGGGAACUGCUCUGCAGCAAAGGAUGGGAGAAGUUAACAGAACACCUGAAACCAGGGGGAUGGUGUGAAUAAUGUGGAUGUCAGAGGUGCCGCUGCAGAAAGUGGGACAGCCAUGUCUGUAAGCAGUUCAGCUCCAGCCUUGUCGUCUGUAACCAGCCCAUCUUGGCUGAGCCCUUGUUCCCUUUGAAGGCAGAUGGGUGGGAGCAGGCUGAGCCGUGCUGUGCUCAGCAGGAUGGCUCCCAGCCGGGCUGGGUGAGGGGGAAGGCAGAUCUCACCCCACGACCGUGCCCUCAGCCAGCCGGGCUGUGUAAUUCCCUGUGACAGUUCAAUGCAGAGCGAAGCUGGCAGCUUGGCGGCGGAUGCAUGAAAGGCAGGAUGCAGGUUCGGAGUCUCUUCCUCCUCCUGGCACUGAUCCUGGUGGCUGCCACCGCCGAGGCUGGCAAGAACAAGAAAGAAAAGGCAAAGAAGGAUGGCUCCAAGUGUGAGGACUGGCGCUGGGGACCCUGUGUUCCCAACAGUAAGGACUGCGGCCUGGGCUACCGCGAGGGAACUUGCAAAGAUGAGAGUAAGAAGCUCAAGUGCAAGAUCCCCUGCAACUGGAAGAAGAAAUUUGGAGCCGACUGCAAGUACAAGUUUGAGAGCUGGGGAGGUUGUAGUGCUCAGACAGGCCUGAAGACUCGCUCUGGCAUCCUGAAGAAAGCCCUGUACAAUGCCCAGUGUGAGGAGACUGUCUAUGUGACCAAGCCCUGCUCCUCCAAGAUCAAGUCGAAGUCCAAAGCAAAGAAGGGCAAGGGGAAGGACUAGAGCAGGAAACCAGCGUCCUCAUCGGCCCCUCAACACGGUGCCUACAGGACUGGAUGUCCAACUGCAGCUGGCCCACACUACAGUCUUCCUCCUCCUCUCCUUACUCCUUUCCAUGACCUCCUCUUUCACUGAGAUGCCUUGUUUUAAUCAUUAGUGUUGUAGAGAACAAACCCACCCACCCUGCAGGACAGGCUGCCUCCUUCCUUGCUGCCCCCUGGGCACAACCAGUGCAUUCUGCUCACCUGCUCUGGGCUGGUGCUGGGCUUCACUGCGAUGUGCUCAGAGACCUGGGAUGGAACACACAUUUUUCCACCCUCCAGCACAAAUGAGUUGCCUUUAGCAGAUACUUUUGCAAGCCCAGGAGCCUCCUUGCUCCUCCACCAGGUACCAGUGCUGGAGGGAAGGGCUGGCUGUUGAAUGCCUGAGUAACCCCAUCGCUGAAGCUUCUCACUCAAGGACUGCUCUCACCUCAGGGGGUUUAUUCCAGCAUCCCUUUGGCUGGAGCAUGACUUACCUUCAGCAGUUAAGGAAAACACAACCAUCACCCUGAGAAGCAACUGUGUCUCCUCUCUGUCACUUCUAACCAUGUGUGUCCAUGCUGGGGCUGCAGCCCCUCUGCCUUUGCCAUGCCAACACCAGUGCUGGGUGGGAGCUCUCCUUUUGGAAUUUUUCUUUUUCUUUUCCAAUAAAAAUCUUUUUUAAGAAAGUA